ACUGGUAGCGGCGCGAGGGCGUUGCUAGCGGCAGAAAGUGGGAUUGUUUUCUUUUUCUUUUUUUUUUCUUCCGCCACCUUUCCUCAAGUUAAACUCUUCUACAAGCCGCGUCUUCCGCUGGAAAACAACGCCUUUUUUUAACAUUUUGCCAAAAGUUUAAGCCCCCCCCCCCCCCUCCUCCUCCCCGUCUGCCGAGGCUUUCGGUUGUUUACAGAGGAACGGCUGCUACUUGGCGUCCCGUUAGCUGCUGCUGGCCCGCGGAGCUGCUAGCCAAGCUCUUCCAUCCACGGGGAUUCUGCCGAGAAAAGAGCGAGUUCUGGAAACAUGGAGUCGAGCGACGUAGCGCCGUGCUAGCCGACUCCGGACGGAUUUUCUUUCUCUCUCUCUUUCUUUUUUUUCCCACCCCUCUGCUCCCGGAGACUUCCCGACACGGACACAUAUCACAAGCUGCUCUGGACUCAAGAGGGUGUUGUUACAUAUAUAUCUAUAUAUAUAUAAAUAUAUAUAUUUUUUCCCCGUCGGCGCCUCGGCUCAUUGUUGUGAACGGGGAGUUUGCUUAGUUUGCACUCGAAACAAGAGCACGCACGAAGUUUUUUUUUUUUUUUCUUCUUUUUUUUUGACGAAAGGGCUCAUCUGUUUUGUUUGCUGGCAGCAGGCGAGAUUUAACGCCUGCCAUCUUACCGUGAGAAAGGAUUGAGGGAGGGAAAAAAAAGCAGUAUUUCUUCCUUAUUUAUAUCAACAUGACUAUCUUAGGCCGUUUUGUUUCGUUAAUCUAGACAUUUAGCCGCAGUUGUUUUUUUGUUUUUUUUUGCUAACUUGUAACGCGGCUCGUCGGCAACUCGCUAACUGAGCGACUCCCAUGAUCACCGGAGAGUCGUCCCCGCGGCCACGGGCAGGCGUUUCUGGGAACAAGGCAUACCAGAUGGGACUGCAGGAAUUUCCAGCAUCUUUAAAGAUCAUUUAGGCACCGAGAGGCCACUCGUAGCCGAGCGAGGGGUGGUGGCAGACGGACCGCAUCGCUGGGCCAAGCUGCAUUCGGAUUGUUUUGUUUGUUUACACGCUUCCUACCGGCGGAGAAAGGAAAAAAAAAAAGAAACGAAAACUGGGGAUGUGAUUGCACACAGACAAACACACGCAGAAAAAAAAGGAGUUCAUGUGUGCACGGCACGUUGUGCCAGCUGGAUGCUACUAUUUUUAUAUUUAAUAAUGCUGGCUAGAAAGAGCGCUACACUGUAAGGUCCUCGCUGCUGUUCCAUUUGGACAAGGAUUACCUGUAAACAAGAUCGACCUACGAAUGCCAGAGAAGGACGCUCCAGGAAGUCGGGUCACCAGGCUCUGGAAAAUGUUAAUGGGAUAUCAUUUUCUGCAAAUCUAGAACCGGAAGCCCAAUGAGUGACACACAGUUUAGCUCCACUGACAGGUUUACCAAGAAAGCAAUAAGAACCAACAGCAUUCUCAGUAAGGACCAUCCACCAGACAAGAAACCUAAAAGUGAGAAAACCUCACUUCCCUCCAAUGAGUUUGACCCUACAGAAGCUCUGGUGGUGGAGAAGAGUGGCAACAGCAGUGUGCUUACAGAGGGAAAGCCCGAGUCCUGUGGUCUUGUCCAGCGAUGUGUGAUCAUCCAGAAAGAUGAAAAUGGCUUUGGGCUCACUGUCAGCGGUGACAACCCUGUGUUUGUGCAGCUGGUCAAAGAAGAUGGGGCUGCUAUGCGGGCAGGUGUUCAGACGGGAGACAGGAUCAUCAAGGUUAACGGGACCCUUGUUACACAUUCUAACCACACCGAAGUAGUGAAACUUAUCAAAUCGGGCUCCUAUGUGGCCCUCACGGUUUUGGGACGGCCUCCGGGUCUCGCCCAGAUCCCUCUGCCUGAAGCAGAACCGGACAUCUUGGGUGUUAGCAUAUCCUCUCCAAACUCUCCAGCAGCAGAGCGCCCCUAUAGUCCCCUGGACCGCCUCUCCCCCUCAUUACCUCCAUGGGUAGGAAAGGAAGAAAACAGCAGUGCCUGCAACCAGAAGACUGAUGUCUUGCAAAAGAAGCUCUCUAAAGAACAGCAGGAUCUGCAGGCAAUGAAAGAGGAGUACGCCAGGAACCCCUCCUCCAAACUACUGAAAGACAUCCAGGAAGCUAAGAAACACAUUCCUCAGCUGCAGGAUCAGCUCUUCAAGGCCACUGGAACAACACAGGAGGCUGUUUCAUGCGGCGAUACGGACGACGGUAGCAUAUAUGAAUCGGAUCGCACACAUACCCCUAAAGCAGACUUCGGCACAGAUCUGGUGCAGUUGGAGCGUCACGAUUACAUGUCACGCAAGUUUGGACCAGCGUCUCCAGAAAGCCCGUAUCCAAAAGAGUUGUGUCCCAGCCCAAAGAGCACCCCCCGAAACAGCUUCAACUCCUUCCACUCCCCAGAGGCGGAGGCAGAGGAUACCACCGACCUGGACUCUCUGUCACCCACCUCUUUCAGCAGUCCCUUAUCUUCUCGCAUCAUCGGAGCUGAAGACGAGGAUUUUGGUCGAGACCAAGAGCAGACAAACGGCCAGUGUGACUGCUUUAACAGUAUUGAGCAGCUCAAGUCUCGCCCUGCCCACCUCGCAGCCUUCCUGCAUCAUGUCAUCUCUCUGUUCGAACCCGCUCCUGUGCUGUGCUACCUCUACGCUGACCUCUACAAGCAGACCAACUCCAAAGAGACCAGACGGGUUUUCAUGGACCUUCACGCUUUUUUCAUGGACCGGGGAGCAAAUUUAAAGGUUCCUGUUCCUGAAUCUGUUUCCUCUGAUCUUGACCGGCGGCGGACGGAGCUGAUCCCAGAGGAAAUAAACAGGCAACAUGUUCAAACACUGCAGGAUUCCCUGCUAGCUGACGUUGAGAAAAACCUUGAGGAUUUUAGGCAGAAGCGCAGCAUGGGCCUCACGGUGGCUGAAGCUGAGCUGGCCAGACUGGAUCAAGAGAGGGUUCUUGAGCGGGAGCGUUCAUAUGCUGAAAACAUCAUCUCCAAAAUAGAUGACAUCCUUUUAAAUACUCAGACCACAGAGGAAGACAAAUGCACUACGAUACAGUUAGUUAUCUAUACAUACAUGAAGCACCUUGGUGUGAGGGUCAAGGAGCCUCGAAAUCUGGAGUCCAAACGGGGUCUGAACCGCCUUUUUCCUAAGAUGAAGAAAAGUAUUAAUAAAGAAGGCGAGGACAAAAUGAAAAAGAAGUUUUUAAAUCUUGUUCCUCAACGGCGACCAAGCCGCAACGAGGCAUCAUCGGCAGUCAAAGCCCUGGACAAUCGCCCCCGGCCUCAGAAACAGCUGUCUCAGCCAGCACUGGGAGCCGUGGACCAAAUGGAUGGUAGCCGUCUGAGGGGCAGCCUGUCCAGUGAGGGCCCUGAACUCACUUAUCACACAUCUGUCUCAUCUCCAAGUAACACCAUCCCCAGCCUGGACGGCAGCAGGGACAAUGAUAUCGGAACCCCGACAUCAGCCCCCUCCAGGUUGAGUGACGGCCUUCAGCCUGAUCCUCUGGAUCCAAUAGCAUUCCAAGCUUCAAACAUGGAGUUUUAUACGCUGGAGCAGCUACAAGAGGAUGACAGAGAAAGUGACAGAGCUCAUGAGGGAACGCCAAAGACUGUGAGAAGACUUGAGGGAUUGGGUAUCGGUGAUGUCCAGAGCGAGGAUGAUCAGGGGACGGACUCUGAGCUCGAUCCCCCCAACUGGCAGCAGCUGGUGGGGCGAGAGAUCCUUACGGGACUCAGGCCUCAAGAGAUUAAGAGACAAGAAGUUAUAAAUGAGUUGUUUUAUACAGAGCGUGCACAUGUGCGCAUGCUGAGGGUUUUGGACCACGUUUUCUACCAGAAGCUUUCCAAAGACGCAAUCCUUCCUCUCGCUGACAUCAAGAACAUCUUCACCAACCUGGAUGAGGUUCUGCAGCUGCAUGUUUCAGUACUCGACCAAAUGGCAGCGGUUCGGAAGAGAAACGAGUCUCCAGUGAUAGACCUGAAAGGGGAGGACUUGCUCUCGUGGUUCGGCGGUGCUGAGGAGGACAAGAUCAAGCAGGCAGUGGGGACGUUUUGCAGUAACCAGCCGUUUGCACUGGAGAUCAUCAAGACCAAGCAGAAGAAAGACUCCCGGUUCACCUCAUUCAUCCAGGAGGCUGAAAGUAACAGACUGUGUCGACGACUGCAGCUAAAGGACAUCAUUCCUGUGGAGAUGCUACGGCUCACCAAGUACCCCCUCCUGUUGGACAACAUUGUCAAAUACACAGACGAUCCAGUGGAGAAGCACAAAGUUAAGCAGGCGGCAGACUGCUGUAGGAAGAUCCUCAGUCACGUCAACCAGGCUUUAAAAGAGUCAGAGGACAAACAGAGACUGGAGGACUACCAGAGAAGAUUGGACCUCUCCUCUCUAAAGCAGACAGACAACCCCAUGAUCCUCGAGCUGAAAAACCUGGAUUUGACCAAGAAGACGCUGAUUCACGAGGGCCCUCUAUCAUGGAAAAUGAACAAGGACAAGACUAUUGAGUUGUACACGCUCCUCCUGGAGGACAUCCUUGUUCUGCUACAGAAACAAGAUGAGCGUCUGAUCCUCAAGUGUCACAGCAAAAACCUGCCAGGCACCCCAGAUACCAAGCAGAUCUUCAGCCCCAUCAUCAAACUCAGCACUGUUCUGGUGCGCUCUGUGGCUACAGACAACAAGUCCUUCUUCGUUCUCUCCAUGUCCGACAACGGUGCCCAGAUCUACGAGCUGAUGGCGCCCACCGUCUCGGAUCAGAAGACGUGGCAGGCUCUGAUCUCGCAAAGGGCGGAUCAGAUGAAAGCCAAGCCUCACAGCGUCAUACCCUUACCUCAGACUGAUGGGGAGAGAGACGGCGUGGAGAUGAUUGCAGCUGGCGUCUCCAGACUGAGCAGAGAACGGGACCGCACAUCCAGCAGCAGCACUCAGUCCACAGAUAAAGAGAGCGGCCCAGCCUCCAGAAGUGCGCUGCAGAGUUCCCUCCCUGCUGGUAACCCAUUUGAGGAAGAGAAGGCAGACGGGGAGGAAGAGGAAGAAGAAGGCUUUGUGGACCCGGAGCUUCCUUAUCAAGUGUCUGAAGCGGACAGAGAAGGAGACUCGUUCGAUGUGUUUCCCUCAAGGGCAGACGAAGCAUUAAAAACACUGGCCGCCUUGAAGCAGGUUCUGGUGAACCAGCUGAUGUCCCAGGAAGCGGCCCAGCCAACCAAACGGUCCACAGGAGUCCGUCUCCUACGGACCACCUCUUUGAGGACCCCGACAGACAACCGCGCCAAGGUGAUGGUUCACAACGGUUCAGAGAACAGCAGCUCUAAGGCAGAGGAGCUGGCUCAGGACCUGGGAUCAGGAGACACUGGAUUUUUCGAUUCCCCUGACGAGUUCGCAGGAUGUUUAGUCCUGGAGGGCUACGGCGGCCAAGGGGAGAGCAACACAGACGACGACAUGCUGGCGUCGACCCCGGGGAAGCAGCUGAGGACCUCGCAAGGCUGCGCCGCCGACUCCGGCAUCAACCUGAGGUUCUCUUCAACGUCCCAGUUCGGCAGCCUCUCCACUUUCAGCAGACAGGUGUUGUGUCACCUGAGGAAUCUUCAGAGCAACCUCAGCUAUUUGAAGGAGGUUGAGACCAAGUACAAUAAUCUGCUACGCCAAAGGACAGAGGGCUCAUCGACGGACACAGAUGGAAACAGAGAGAAAAGAUAGUGUGGAGGGCGGUGGCGCAGCUUUUGGCUUUGGUCCCAUGGAAGAAGUACCGACUCGCCGUCUGUUCUUCUCUUCAGUCCUGGACUUUCUGGACGUCCUAUAAGCUUGUCCUUCGACUGCUGAGCUCUUCUCUCUUUUUUUUUUUUUUUUUUCCUCCGUCGCCACAGGGAAUAAUAGACUUAAGUGUGGAGCAAAUGUUUUUGAAGGGAGAAUUCAUCUGCGUGGUGCCAUGCCAUCCCUUCUCAGCACAAGGCAAUCAGGGAAGUGGGAUUGCCCCCCCCCCCCCAAAACCUCAACCCCUUUCUACCAUCGAACGCCCAUUUCCCCCUCCCUCUAAACUCCCUGCAAGAGAGAACUUAUACCAAAAUGUACAAAGAUGUGUGUUUAGAAUAUAUAUAUAUGAAACACAAACAAGAAAAGGAAAAUUUUAAGAUAAUGUAUUAAGAUUUCUUUUUUUUUUAUUCCCAAGAUGUAUUUAUUUUCUUUCUCUUCAUUUUUUUUUUUUUUUUUUUAAAAAGUGUUUCUCAAAUUGCGUGCAUGCUUUUGGCCGUGGGUGUUACCGUUUUAUCCUGCUUCGGGUCACACAUGCAAGCGCUCCAGCGUGUCCUGAUGCGUGGCGGCACUAUAUUCAGACUGAUAGAGGCCAGAGUUGCACUAGUGACGGAUGAAUCCGGCGUGUAUUAAAACUCCCCGAACGUUGUUAAAGUCUAAAUUUUUUUAAAUAAAUUCUAGGUUUGGUGUUAACUAGAAUGAAGAGUCUUAAGGCUCUGAUCUGGUCCUGUUACAUUUCUGUGCUGCUGAAUCCCUUCUCGUCUCCCUCGCUCUUUUCUCCUUUUGCGUGUGAUUCUCCCCCCCCCCCCCUUUUUUUCUCCUCUUUUUCCCCUGUGAACUUCUUUGGGUGUCAUCCCUUUCCUCUUUCAAGCAGCCGAGUGGCUCUCAUGCUUAUUUAUCCCUUCCCACACUCUAUAUGUCAUGCUUCCUGUUCUGCCUCUGGUUAUCUUGCCCUGUUAGCCUCUCCUACAAGGAGCGGUCAUGCUCUCUCUGUAUCAGCUUCUGACAGAAAUGCUGCUUCUUUUCUGCUACUGUGCUGGCGAUACUGAUCUGACUGCCCGCGAUCCCAAUAAUGUCAUGAAGUUCAACAUAUAGUGUACAAUGAUCAAGUUGGAAGGUUAUGCAUAACUUUACAAAAAUAAAAAAAUAAAAGGUGCCAUGACACAUUGACAAAGAAA